GUGCAGGCUGCGUUUGCUAGGCAACAGGUUACAGCAGACAGACACCGACUGCACAACUACAGGGGACUCUGAUGCUGAAGGGGUUCCCAUUCACUUCAUGCUCACAAUGGCUUCUGCAAAGGAAAUUAGAGGAGGAGGGAGUCUGAGCCUCACUUCUGUGCCUCCACGUAUCUUGCUACUUGACGUGGCCCCUCCUGGCUGGGGAUCUGUAAGAAGAGUGUUAUGUGAAGCACUCAGUAAUGCUCUUUAUCUGUGUGCUGCUGCCCCAUCUUGCACCCUGCUGCUGAGUAUCUACACCGUGGGACAGCGUCACCAAUGUGUCUUCCCCUUGCUGCCUCUACGGAACAGUUUUACUCGUCUACACAACUGUAUGUCAGAGCUCAGUUCUACCCAGGAGGACGGAUCCUAUAACCCGCAGACAGGGGUACUGGCACUUGCAGUAAUGGAUGCUCUGCAGCAGACAAAGCAACUUGCUCAGCACAGUGUCUCUCAAGGAGCUCUGCAGAACUCUUCAGUAGAGGUAGCUAUAGUAUCUCCACGAGAUAGGAAGGAAAUUGCCUCUGAACUUGACACUGGCCUGAGGGACACAGACUUAGGGUCACUCCAUGGGCUUCUUGUUGUACAUAUGUGUGAUGCAUUGGGAGCUCUGAGUACAGAUACAACACCAGAAUCUGCCAUUGCUUCAGCUCCAGGUUCCUCUGCUUAUGAUAUUGAGUUCCAAGUCACUCGUAGGGACGUUCUAAGCCUGGAAAGCUUUUUCAAGUCAUGGCUGUAUAAUAAAGGUCCAGAGAAAGAAAAGCUUAAUCUGAUACUACAAGAGGGAGAAUCACCGUUGCAUGUUAUAUGUGAUGUGCAACAGAAAUUGCUGAACCCAGAGUGUCUUCACAGAGAGCAAGAAUCUCCUUACAGAGUGGAGCAGAGCAAGAUCAGAGGAGGAAAAAUGCCACAAAUUCUCAAGGCUCUGAGGGUUGUGUCAUCCCACGGUAUCUGUGGAUCCCUUCUAUAUGGCUUUCCUUUCAUUCUCACUCCCACGGCAUCCUGGGAGCUAGACUGGGAUAUGCUGGAAAGCAAUGAGGAGAAUUUUCAUGCUCUAUGCCAACAUCUCCAGUCCCAGGAGCUGUCUCUUCUGGCCUGCGCUACACAACACUCUCUGACACCUUCCUCAGGGGUCCCCAUCCAGUCUCACUUCAUUGUGUCUUCAUCGGACUCAGCUGCUCUGCUUGUUCGUCCUGUGGCUGUAAGAGAGAUUGUUCUGACUCCAGAUCCAGCCCUGCCUCAGCACCCAGUCACAGAUAUCACUUUGCACAAGAUCCAGGAUGCCCUUCAGCACCUCCAAAUGAACUCAGUGUACAACCCACUGUCAGUCACCUGCGGACUUUACAAACACCUACAGACCAGUGUCACUUUGCCGCCCACAACUCGUAUACGAGGAGACACAAGCCACGGCAUACAAUUUAAGGGGACCAGUGGCACCCACCUCCGACAGGCUCCAUUUAGGCACAGGAAAGCCCGAGCGACUGUAGCACCCCUGCCUCUGGUGCAUUGUGCCCUUGCCUUCAAGCACACACAGUCCUACUCUCAUGCUGAGCUGCUAGAUAAGAGCAGCAAUUAA